AAUUAAAAUAUUGUUCAUAUAUAAUUUUUGCGUAUUAAAAUUAAUAUGAAUAGAAAUAUUCUCAGAAAGAGAAAUGAUCCGUUAUGUUCGGUUAUCAGCGUUUAUGAUAAAAGCGAACGUGCAUUAAAGCCUGUUGCAUACGAAGCUUUGCAUUUGGAUUUAUAACAACACUAUAACAGUAGUCUGCGUUAACAUUUUAAUACCGUAAACUGGUAAUAAAGUGCAACUGUAUAUUUCUAAUAAUCUUUUUCGUGAUGUUUAUUGUUUGAUGAUUUGGUCCUUUUAUGUUAAUAAGUAAUUUCUACUGUCGCCAUUUGAUCGAUGAGAUAGUAUUAUAUACUAAAUAUGAUAGUGAGUUGUAUGAUUGCAACAUAGUUACGCAAUGUUAUAUUACAUGACAUAGAGAUAAAUAUUCUAUGCCUGCAAUUGAUUUCUUAUCUCGCUGUUAUAUUCGUACAAGGGUUUUUUUAUCGCAAUAUUUAUCACACUUUCUCGUAUCUCUAAUUCGUAUUGUAUUUUCUAUAGGAAAAGCAGACAAGUAAUGGUGGACGCUAUAGGCAGCAAAAGGCUUAUAUCUUUUACGAUUACUGUCAAAAAUGGCCAUGUAUAUAUCCGCAUUACGGAUUGUAAACAAUUUUUUACAAAUCCUUGAAUUUCUGUGUUCUAUCGAUUUGUACAAACACGAAUUUUACAAGUGGCGAACAAUGCAUGAAAUUGUUUAACAUAUGAAAUUUUGAUAAAUAUGUCGUAUAAUAUAUAAUACACUAAACAAAUAUUAAUAUAAAUCUGUAAUUUAAUAAUCACUGCUAAGGUCUAUAUGAUAUGCUUGAUAUGAUUAAUUAAAGUAUAUCCAUCGCGCACACAUACAUUAUCAUUACUUAUAGCAAUAGUUAAUAGUAGUAGCGGUAUGCGACGGUAAUUUAGCGAUGGCGAAUACUAUUUUAAAAUCACAGUGCAUACCGAUAUCGUAUCAUCACUGAAUAGAUUGCGUAAUAUGACGAUAGCUUGGAGACGUCCCUUUUAAUAGCCCCGUAAGCGGGAUCAGCUUCAGUUUGUCUUCAUACGAGGAGGAUGAAGUACCACCUCUCUAGUCUGUUGUUCGUUCUGUGCGUCUUGUAUAUCGCGAAACAGUCGGGAUGUUACAAGAUUCUAGCCAUCGUCGCGACACCAUCCUACAGUCAUCAAAUACCGUACCAACGAUUAUGGCUGGAAUUACACAAACGAGGCCACGAAGUUGUGCUAGCCACGUCGGAUCCUAUACCAAAUAUCAAAUCACCGAAUUUUACGCAAAUCGAUAUUAGCCAAUCUUAUGGAACCAUAAAGAGUUUAGAUUUUGUUCAAAUGCGGUUUGAGGGGAAACGCUGGCUCUAUUUUAUGGAAAAAGAAAUGUUGCCUAUGAGCGAAGUUUUUGUAGAAACUGUGUUCAAUGCUACAGAACUGCGGAAGCUGUAUGCUCCAGACAGCAACGCAACGUUCGACGUCUUCCUGACGGAGCUCCUCUUCCUGCCAUCCAUUUACGCUUUCGCACAUCGAUUCAAUGUUCCUAUAAUAGGGUUAAGUUCAUUAGGAUUGGUUGGCAUUAACGAACACGCUCUUGGUGGAUUGGUUCUCCCUUCUCACGAGUACACGUGGGAAAUGGAAGACAACACGGGUACGAAUCUAUCGUUCUUCAAGAGACUGUGCAAUUUUGUCAACAUGUGGCGUAGCAUAUACAACAUCUAUCAUGAGACCUUUCCACACCAUCAGAAAUUGGCCGAGAAAUAUUUUGGGCCCCUGCCACCAAUGCUAGACGUAUUGAAGAACGUUAGCAUGCUUUUCAUCAAUCAAGCCGACGUUAUGGUACCGGCUCGACCGAAACUUGCGAACAUGAUCACGUUUACGGCCUCCCACAUAGAAAAAAACCAGAAACCUCUGCCUAAGGACUUACAAGCAUUUCUGGAUGGCGCCACAAAUGGGUUCAUCUACUUUAGCCUUGGCAGUAACGCAAGAAGUGCAAGUUUACCAGUGGAGAUCCGACGCGUGUUCUGCGAUGUGUUCGCCACGAUGCCGUAUAGAGUUGUCUGGAAAUUCGAGGAGGAUUUUGCCGGGAAACCUGAUAAUGUUUACGUCGGAAAAUGGCUACCACAACAAACCAUUCUCGCUCAUCCGAACAUUAAAUUGUUCAUUUACCAAGGAGGCCUGCAGAGCAGCGAGGAGACCGUCCACUACGGAGUACCAGUUCUUGGUUUCGCAAUUUUGGCCGAUCAAGAUUAUCAAGUAGCCAGAAUGGAAGCUCUAGGCAUUGGAAAAUAUUUGGAAAUUACAACCCUUAAGAAAGAUGAACUUGAAAAUGCUAUUACAGAGCUUAUAACUAACAAAAAGUACAAAGAAAGGAUACUUUACAUCCGUAAUGUGGUUCAGGAUACACCGUACGAUCAGGUGGAGAAUCUCGCUUGGUGGACAGAGUACGUGAUACGAACGAAAGGCGCCCCUCAUCUUCGCAGUAGUCUUGCUUUUCAGCCUUGGUAUCAACGUUGCGAUAUGGAUAUUGUAGUGUUCUUAACGAUCGUAAUUUUCUUGAUCGCUUCAAAUACCUUUCAUUUAAUUGCCAAGAUUGUUGUCUACGUUCAUAAGAAAAUCAAAUCAACUGAAAAGCAAAAGAUAAGUUAAGUAUUUAUGGCGCAAUUAAUUAGAGAGAAGUAUUUAUAGUACAAUUCAGUCCAAGUGACGCAAGUGUUUAAUAUCUCAUUUCGAUGAAUGAAUUUUAUCUAGUUUCGUUAAGGAAAUGAUCAUCCCGGGUUUUAUAAUAGGCGAGUUACCCUUGUCACGAGACAAACGAUCCUGCACGAAAAAUCUUUCAAAUAUAAAAAAAGGAUUCGAAUAAAAUUGAAAUCCUGUUUAUACAUUGUUAAUCUCUUGAUUGAGAUUUUUUGACGAAGCGUCAAUUUUAUUCCAAAUUAUUAUCAAUCGAUGAUAACAUCGCUUUUCGCUCGGUGAAUGAGAUAGCGCAAGGAGAAAUUACAUUGAAACCAUAGGCAUGUCAAAGUAUGAAGUGUCAGAGUGUUGAUAUAUAUAUAUAUGUAUACCUCUGUCUGUUGUGUUCCUGAAUUUAUUUCAUUUGUUUCCUAAUUUAUUAUUUUUAACUGUGAGGCGUCUUCUGUUAUCGGGAACGAAAACGAAAUACUUUAAACUUUCUGUUGCAAGGGAUCUAUCGGUAUUGCUGGCAAUAUGUCAAUCAUCUGAUUAUCAGAUAGUUCCUGUUCUUCGCGAAAAUGUCUCCGAUUAGGCAAUAAAAAUCUACACAUACUGUUCCGUUAAGUGAAACAUAGCUUCGAUGAUGAUUCACAUGGGAAUUUUAAAAAAUCGAAGGCGUCGCUUUUAGUAUUCGAAAUAAAUUCUCUUUAAUUGAAACAAUAUUAUGUAGAAAAGAUCAUGAAACCAAAGAUAAAUAUAGUAAUAAUUAAAGUAGAGUUAUUGAAGGAAACAAUAAUCUUUAGUAACGUUAUUACACUUUUUAUUUUUAUCAUUGUAUUCUAAUACUUUACGUAUGGAUUACAGACCUUGACGUCUUAUUAUGUACAUAAAACUAAAGAAGAAAUUUUACAUAAGCGUUGAUCGCUUUAGACUUUGUUAAAAAAUUGUAAUAAAAAUACAAAAUGCAGAAUUAAAUUUAUUACUCUACAAUGUUCGUUUUUCAUUUUACUUUUUUGAUAUAUUUAAUUAAUUACUCUAGUAACCCUUUAUUUGGUAGCAAAUAAUCUUCGCCAUAUCUUUUAUUUGACAUGCAAAUUAUCCUUAUCAGCAAAUAAAAAAUAAUCUUUGCUGCGACACCUCUCGACUCUCGAAUAUCUCGAAUAAUUUCCCCUAUAGUAACAAGAAAUAUGUACUUGAAUAGUAUUUUGUAGUAUCGCUAUAACUAUUUAAUAAAUAUUCGAACGAUUUAUGUUCA